GCAUGGUGGGAUGGGCUGGUGUUGGACUUGGGGAUCUUGGAGGUCUUCUCCAACCGCAAUGGGAUUACAGACAAAAUGCUGUUUUCCUCUUUCUGGGCACACGUGUGGAGUUCAGCAGUGGGCGGUGGGCCUGGAACAAGCUCCCCAGGGCCAUGGGCAUGGCCCCGAGGGUUUGGGUUUUGAGUGGUCCGGUGUGGAGCCAGAAGCCGGACUCCAUGGCCCUUGUUGGGUCUCUUCCAACUCAAUUGUGUCAACAGGCACACUUUGUGGGUUUCCUUUCCCAAAAGGAAAGUCUCACCACCCAACGUGCAGCAUUCCCUGAAGCCACCGGGAGUGACUCCUCGUCGAUUCGCAUCGAUUUUGGACAGCGUUAAAGCCCAGCUCUCCCUUCAGGUGUUGCUGCUUCUGUUCCUGGCUCCUCACCAGAUUUAGGUUCUUUGGGCACAGCCAAGCUCUCUCCCUCCUGCAGAUGUUCACCUCCUGCUGGCACCGAGGGCAAGUUGUGCUCGGCGUCCGAUCGGGCUGUGGCUGCUGCUGACGGAGGGCAGAUAACAAGAUUUGCUGCAAACUGAGCACGCGGUUUAACUCGUAGCCCUAUUUGCAGCGAUCUGCUCAUCCAGGUGUCUUAAAAUAAGUGGGUGAAGGGGUGGAGGAUCUCCUCUGCAGGUGGAACAAGGCUGGAAUGCAGACAGCGCAGCGCUGGGGCAUUGCGACUGUAUCACGGCUUCAAAGGGGUUCUGCUGGGUCUUUGCCAGAGGGGCCCUUCAGAUCUACAGAGCUGUUCCCUUUUCCUUUGAUGGCUGGCUGGCAGCGCCAAUUUCUCAUUGUAUUGUGUUUCUCAGCAGCUCGCUCUUUGAUUGCCUCCGCGUCAGAUCCACGGCCUCGCCAGGAUCUCUGAGCCGAAACCUUGGCAGAGCCAGCACGAGCGGACUGCUGGUUUCUCUGUGUGCUUUCCUAUGAACUUUUCUGUACUCUAAACUAUCAACUUGUCUUUCUCUGGGAUGUACCCAGGGUUCAGGCUGCGCAAAUCCUGUGCUUCUGCUGGUGGACAGUUCCUCUUUCUGCUGCACUGCGUGCAGAGAGCACUUGGGUAUUGAGUUGCGAGCGUCGGGACAGGCCAAGCAAGUUCUGAAGGCAGUGUCUCAUUAAAUCCCUCCAGCUCCAGAAAGCGUCCCGACCCAGUCCCGUACCCUGCAAAGCAACGAGAUUUCCCUCAGAUGCCUCUGAGCGGUGUCUCGGUGCUGAUGUGGGUAACUUUCCUGCACAGUGCUGUUGCUUGGGGGCUCCGAUUAGUGAGCACAUUGUAGUCUGCAGUCCGUGCCUUACCGUGCUGCCUUGCUUGGGUUCAAGGCUUUAUAAUUGAAAAUCCCCUCAUUUUCUCUGCCCCAUUUUCCCUGGCGUUGCGGGGAGGACAUGGGUAGAAGAGAAAAUCUCUCUCUCCCACGGGGACAGAAGUCUGAUUUGCUCACGUCAAGCAUCUCUCUAUAAUCAGACCUUCCCGGCUCUUUGUUCUGCUGCUUGUUACGGGCAAGGGAUGCUGCUGGGAAUUGCCGAGUACUCGUACAAAGAGCGGGGAAGGUCUGAAUGGGAAGGCAGCAGGGUUUUGUGGCGGCUUGUUCUUUCCCCCUGCACACAACGUGGGAGUGGAGACGUGGAUCACUUGCCAGUCCUACGUAGCAAAAAACGGAUUGCCAGCCCUCGUUGGCCGCGUUCUACCAAAAUUGCUGUAGCAGCCUUUGUUUCAGGGCAGCAGUGUUUGGGAACGCCUGGGAAAUUGGGGCAGGAAUGACUACACCGUGGUGUCAACCUGUUGGCUUCAGGGAGGAACUCCUAACGUGGAGUGGCGGUGGAGGAAAUGGGCUGCAGAGCAGGAACCUGGCCAUUGGCUUUGCUGCGGAGGAGCUCGCCGCUGCCCAGAGUGCUGAAAAUCUUUAAUAUUUCAAGUCUUUUAGGUCCACCACUGAUGUUGGCUUGCUGCCUGCAGAGCUGUGGACCUUCCUCUUGAAUGUCAGCACUCCCUUAACAAACAACCCCCCUCUACACUCGUGGGUAUGUUUAUUUCCCUAGAAACUUGGCUCAGACGUUAGGGGUCCCACCAGUGAUGCAGUUUUCUUAACUUGUUCCCGCUGCUGGGCUGCGUCUCCCCAAAGGCCGUGCUCUGCUGUGCUUCCUUCUCUCAUCUUCUUGCCCUUCCUGGGUUGAAAACGCAACAUUUCCCUCAACUUAAGCUGAACCCUCUUAAAAAUCAAGAUUUGCUGCAGAUUCAGUGGCCACGGGAGGCCUGAGAAGCAUUGUGGGCAUCCUGGUGGGAUUUGCAGAAGACUUCCCAUUGCCUCUUUGUGCCUCUGUUUCUCACUUCUGUUCCAUUUCUGCUCUCUUGCAUCUUAGCACCUUUGGCUUCUUCCUUUUCAACUCUUGCUUAAGAGCUGCUCAGCUGCCUCCUUCCCCAGGAGGAGAGGCUCGGGGCACUGGCAGAAACAAACAAACAACAAAAAGAAGCAAGAGCAGACAACCAACCAACCAAUAAGAAGAGAAGAAAAUCCCUCCUGGCAGCUUUUCUGCAGCUCUUCCUGAUGCUCUUGGAUGGCUUCUUUCCUUGUGCCCAAGUUGCUUUUCCUCCUCUUCUCUGUUUUUUUUUUUUGUUAUUUUUUUUCCAGCGCUGAGCUCCUGCUACAUGCACACAUUUUGCUGUUUUUUUUUUCCCUUCUUCCUCCCACCCCCGUUGUUCUCUCUGCUUCUAUUCUUUCCCGGAUCCUUUAGCGAAAAGAUGUUUUCAUGCUUCAGAACCUCAUGGAGCCUUUGAUACAGGGCACACACGGGCAAAUUUCCAUCUUCUUCGUACUGCUGGUGCCCCAUUGUGUCUUUCAGGUGAGAGAUCUCUGCUGGCAGCCGAUCCCUGGGAAAAACAACGUUAAUUUCUGCCAGUUUUAGGGCAAGCUGUUGGACUGAUGCGAGCUGAAAUGAAGGUCCUGGGUGUGGGGUUUGGGAGAACAGAGUGAAAACACAAGGACAUCCUCAGAUUUUCAUUGGAGCUGCAGCAGAAUGGUCCUCGGUUGUGUGAAAUGUGAUGAAAUCCUGAUGGAAUCCUGGAGGGAUGUAACGUCGGCAUGGCUGGAAUGGGUGGAAAUCAUCGAACCUCGGACCCGGGAGCGCAUGUACGCCAACCUGAUCACGGGGGAGUGCGUGUGGGACCCGCCGGCCGGCGUGCGCAUCAAGCGCACCAAUGAGAACCAGUGGUGGGAGCUCUUCGACCCCAACACCUCCCGCUUCUACUACUACAAUGCCACCACGCAGCGCACGGUCUGGCACCGCCCACAGAACUGCGACAUCAUCCCUUUGGCCAAACUGCAGACCUUGAAGCAGAACACGGAAUCGCCGCGAGCGUCCACCGAGAACAGCCCUGGACGGAGCAGCAAUGUCAGCAGGGAGGGCAGCACCAGCUCCUCCCUGGAGCAGGAGUUGGAGGGCAAUGAGAAAGCGGCCGAGAUGACGAGGUCGAGCCGGCAAUCAGCCCCAUACGCCACGGUGAAGGAGGAAACGGAGAGUUCGUCGCCCUCCGGUGUGUUUGAGAAAGAAUGCGACAUUUAUCGGGAUUACAACGCGGAAGGUCAACUCCUCCACUACAGGACGUCCUCACUGCGCUGGAAUGCCGGCACCAAGGAGCGGAUGCUGAUCAAGGUGACGGAUCGCGAGCCCAGCUUCCUGCUGCAUCAGGGCAACGGCUUCGGCCCCGAUGCUGCCACGUCCGCACGCUCCCGCCGCCCCUCAGGGGGUCAGCAGUCCCCCAACCUGCAGAGCUUCGCCCCUGAUGCUGACAACUCUGUCUUCUUCCCGGAGAGGAAACCUUCACCCUACCUGAAGAGGGCCGAGCUGGCGGGGAGCUGCUCGCCGCUGCUGGGUCGGGGCGAUUCCUUCUGCUCCCCGCUGCAGAGCCAGCACCACCGCAAAGCGUCGAGCGAGUCGCAGCCCUCGUCGCCGCGCUACGCCUAUGAGCCACCGCUCUACGAGGAACCCCCCAUGGAGUACCAGGCACCCAUCUACGACGAGCCCCCCGUGGACAUGCAGUACGAGGCCGGAGGGGGCUACAAAGCUGCUUCCCCCCAGAAGUCGCCCAUCCGGAAGCCUCACCCCUUCCUCCAGUCGCCUAAGCAAGGCUCCAACUCACCCUACCAGCAGCUGGUGCUCACCAAGCAGAAGUGCCCUGAUCGCUUCAUGAGCCUGGAGUACAGCCCAGCGGGCAAGGAGUACGUCCGCCAGCUGGUCUACGUUGAGCAGUCAGGCUCCAGCCCCAAGAUGAAGUCGGCGCCACGCCACAAAUACUCCCCCAACCCCAUCGGGGGCUCCUACUCGCUGCAGCACAGCCCAUGCCUCCUCCGUGAGCAGCGCGCGGACCUCAAAUCGGGCGACUACAGCAGCAUGGAGGCAGCUGACUUCUGCCCCGAUGACUCCAUGUCGUGGUCCAGCCAGCAGGACACCAUGUCCUCCACCGGCUACUCGCCCUCCAGCAGGAAGAGGAAGAGCCGAAAGCCCUCGCUGCCCCACCACGAACCCAACACUCCGUCAGCAGAAGGGGAGCGGGAUGGGGCGGACGAGGAGCGGUGUGGAUCUGCUCGCGCCCAGCUCAACCGCGCCGAGAGCAAAGCAGCCGAGGUGGAGGCAGAGGCGGCACGGGGCUUUGCGGAGCCCUUCCUGGCACAAGCACGCCUGGCCUGGGAGGCCCAGCAGGCCCACUACCACAUGAAGCAGCGCAGCAGUUGGGAUUCCCAAAAGGAUGGGUCAGGCUACGAGAGCGACGGGGCUCUACCGCUGCCCAUGCCGGGCCCUGUGGUGCGUGCAUUCAGCGAGGAUGAGGCACUGGCGCAGCAGGACAGCAAGCACUGGAAGAGGAACACCUUUGAAAAGUUGGGGUUCCCCCAGAUCCUGCUGGAGAAGAGCGUCUCCGUGCAGACCAACCUGGCGUCCCCCGAGCCCUACCUGCAUCCAUCGCAGUCCGAGGACCUCGGUGCCUGCGCCCAGUUUGAGAGCAGCCGGCAGACCAGGAACAUGAUGCCCAGCGCCAGUUGCGUCUUCCCCACCUUCAACCUCCGCAAGCCCUCCUCGGAGACGGACAUUGAGAACUGGGCCUCCAAGCACUUCAACAAGCACACGCAGGGGCUCUUCCGCCGGAAGGUGUCCAUUGCCAACAUGUUGGCAUGGAGCAGCGAGUCCAUCAAGAAGCCCAUGAUCAUGACCAACGACCGCAACGUCAAGAAGGAGGCGUGCGAGAUCUUCAAGCUCAUCCAGAUGUACAUGGGUGACCGGCGAGCCAAGACGGACCAACUCAACGUGGCCUUGGAAAUCGCCACCAAAGGGUGGAGCAUGCAGGGCCUGCGGGACGAGCUCUACAUCCAGCUGUGCCGGCAGACCACCGAGAACUUCCGAUACGAGAGCCUGGCGCGCGGCUGGGAGCUCAUGGCCAUUUGUUUGGCCUUUUUCCCACCCACUCCCAAAUUCCAUUCCUAUCUUGAAGGAUAUAUUUACCGGCACAUGGAUCCGGUGAAUGACACCAAAGUGACACGGCACAUUAGAGAGCUCCUGGAAAGGAACACUAAGAAGAAACCCAAAUUGCGAAAGAAACCCAAGCCCCACCCCGAGGAGCACGAUGGGGUGGCCAUCAGCACGUACGCCAAGUACUGCUACAACAAGCUGCAGAAGGCAGCCCUCACUGGAGCCAAGAAGGGCCUGAAGAAGCCCAACAUCGAGGAGAUCCGCCACGCCAAGAAUGCCGUCUUCAACCCCUCCAUGUUUGGGAGCUCCCUGCAGGACAUCAUCGCCAUGCAGAAGGAGCGCUACCCUGACCGGCAGCUGCCCUGGGUGCAGACGCGCCUCUCCGAGGAGGUGCUGGCACUCAACGGAGACCAGACGGAGGGGAUCUUCAGAGUCCCAGGCGACAUCGACGAGGUCAAUGCUUUGAAGCUGCAGGUUGACCAGUGGAAGAUCCCCACGGGCCUGGAGGACCCCCACGUUCCUGCGUCACUGCUGAAGCUGUGGUACCGGGAGCUGGAGGAGCCCCUGAUCCCGCACGACUUCUACGAGCGCUGCAUCACCCACUAUGAGAACCCCGAGGCGGCCGUUGCCGUCGUCCACUCUCUGCCCAGGAUCAACAAAAUGGUGCUGUGCUACCUCAUCCGCUUCCUCCAGGUGUUCGUGCAGCCGGCCAACGUGGCCGUCACCAAGAUGGACGUCAACAACCUGGCCAUGGUGAUGGCCCCUAACUGCCUGCGCUGUCAGUCAGAUGACCCCCGCAUCAUCUUCGAGAACACCCGCAAAGAGAUGUCCUUCCUGCGGGUGCUCAUCCAGCACCUGGACACCAGCUUCAUGGAGGGCGUCCUAUAGCGUCACUCCACCGCUGUCCCUUCCCCACCACCCCCCCUGCGCCCCCCAAGUUCUCGCCCCGCACCCCACUGCCUGCCCCCCCCCACUAGAGGGACUGGAACCUUCUGGGGGGCGGGCAUCCACCUGGAGGACUUUGGGGUGAUGCCGGGGACCGGGUGACAGCGGAGAGGGGGAGGGAAAGACCUCCGGGGGGAGGGGGGAAGGGGGGGUGCUUGGGGACAGGAGGGACACGCGGACAUCACUGGGGGAACUGGGCAGGCUGGUCUUGUCCCAUCUUGGUGGCCAUCCCUCGGAGAAGCAUCAGGUGACACAGAGUCACCGUCAGCUCCUGGGGACACAUGGGACCAUCAGGGGGGUCUGAAGGACACAUCUCCACCCAUGGCACCACCAGUGGGGUCUGAAGGACACAUCUCCACCCAUGGGACCACCAGUAGGAUCUGUAGGACCUGUGGGACCACCAGUGGGAUCUGAAGGACACAUCACCCAUGGGACCACCAGUGGGAUCUGAAGGACACAUCACCCAUGGGACCACCAGUGG